AUGUCAAUUCAACCUUUGUCAAUUACUGUUCCACACCCAUCUACCCAAAGGGGACAUGCAACACAUAUAUCCUACGACCCAGUUAACGAGAGAUUAGCUUAUGUUAAUGGGAAGUCUGUCAUAAUCAGACCAGUGGAUUUCAAGGCUAUUGCACCAACUGUGGUUUUCUCGAAACAUAUUCACCCGACAACUGCAGUAAAGUUUUCUCCAUCUGGGUACUAUGUUGCUUCUGGUGACGAAGCAGGACAUAUUAAAAUUUGGGACGCCUCACCAAAGUCGGAACCUGAUUUUGAGCAGCCAGUUAUCAAGAGUGAAUUUCAAGUAAUGUCGGGUCCUAUUAGGUCAAUUGCUUGGGAUGCCGAUAAUUCUCGUAUCAUUGCUGUUGGCCAAGGUAAAGAAAAAUUUGGACAUGCCUUUUCAUGGGAUUCUGGUAAUUCGAUUGGGGAUAUUCAAGGGCAUAGUUCACCUAUCAAUUCUGUUGAUAUAAAACCCCAAAGACCAUAUCGUGCUGCCACUGUUGGUGACGAUCACGCUCUUGUGUUUUUCACAGGUCCACCAUUCAAAUUCGAUAAAAGUUUGAGGGGCAAUCACAACAAUGUAGUGAGAGAUGUUAAAUUUAGUCCUGAUGGAGAGCAUAUUGUUUCGGUGGGCUCAGAUAGAGUUAUUACUAUUUACCAAGGGAAAACAGGAGAAUUUGUUAAAAAAAUUGAAAAAGCUCAUGAAGGUGGUAUUUUCGCUGUAGCUUGGUUGUCCGACUCUAAGCAUUUCAUCACUGCGUCAGCAGACAACACAUUAAAAAAAUGGACAUUAGAAGGUGAGACCACUCAAACAUUUGAAAUCAGUAGUACCCCAUCAAUUGCUAAUCAGCAGGUUGGGUUGGCAUUGACCAAAGAAUUUGUUGUUUCUCUUUCAGGAAAUGGUAACUUGAAUUAUUUCGAUUACAAGGGGAAUUUAGUGCAAAUUGUUCAAGGUCAUCAGUCACCUAUAACUAAAGUUGAAUUUCAUAAGGGUUUUCUUUUAAGUGGUGGAUCGGAUGGAAAACUUUUUAAAUGGGAGGUGGCAACCGACGGACCAAAAGCGUUGCCAAUAUUACAGGAUGAUGAUGAACAUUCAAAUUAUGUUGUUGAUAUAUUAACAGUUGAUGAUGUGACAUAUACAGCUGGAUGGGAUGAUACUUUGAAAUCAUGGAGGGAUGGUAAAGUGGUUUCUUCAGUUGAAUUACCUUCGCAACCAAAACAGUUGGGCUCAAUGAAGGAUGCUGUUUUUGUCUUGUUUGAAUCUGCAUUGCAGUUGUACACAGAGGUUAACUUUGAGUUGAUCGCUGAGACCAAAUUUGAUUUUACAGCUACAUGUGCUGCACCAAUUAAUGAUACAUGCAUUUUGAUAGCCAACACUACCAGCAAUACAGUAGAAGAAUUCCAAGUUGAAAAUGGGCAAAUUAGCAAAACUUCCAAGGAAUUUCCGAAAAGUCGUUCUCCUCCGACCUUUAUAACAGUAUCCCCUUCUCGCGAGUUUUUCGCUGUUGCUGAUUCUGCUGGUAAGUAUACAUUGUUCAAUGCUUUAGACAGCACUGUGGUGUCAACUCGUUGGGCUUUCCACAAUAGCAAGGUUUUCGAUGCGAAAUGGACACCAGACUCGAAGUAUUUGAUAAGUGGUGGGUUGGAUAGUAGUUUAUUAUUGUAUUCAGUGGAGAAGCCUUCAAGGGUUAUCAAGUAUCUUUUAGCGCACCCAUCUGGCAUAUCUAGUUUAGCUUGGGUAGAAUACGACUCAGAAAAGAAAACCGGGACAUUUGUCAGUGCCGGUUUGGAUGCUACUAUUAGAUCUUGGAACAUUUCUAUUUAG